CUUGAAUAAAGCUUCCACUUUGAUGAAAAUUGGUAACUUGUAGUUUCAUAUAUUUCGUGCUGUCUACCAAAAAAGUUCUUGUUCCGCCAUUACCUAGAAGUGACUAUGGUGGUUUGAGAUUUUGUUCUUCACUUUCCCAGAUGAACUUAUGAAGGGGAUAUCCAAAGAUUACAUUCUUGGUCGGGUGAGGGGGUUGCAAACAGCACCUAAAACCCAGAACCUCAAGAUCAAAGGAAUUAAAGACAUUAUAGCCAUUGCUUCAGGCAAAGGUGGUGUUGGCAAGUCCACUACUGCUGUUAAUUUGGCGGUUACACUUGCUAAUAAGUGUGGGCUUAAAGUUGGGUUGCUAGACGCUGAUAUUUAUGGGCCUUCAAUUCCUUUGAUGAUGCGACUCCAUGGAAAGCCUGAAGUCAGCCAAGAUGGGAAAAUGAUUCCAAUUGAAAGUUAUGGUGUAAAAUGUAUAUCAAUGGGAUCUCUUGUGGAAGAAGAUGCAGCAAUCGUAUGGAGGGGACCUAUGGUUAUGAAAGCUCUUGAGCAGAUGACAAGAGGAGUUGAUUGGGGGAUGCUAGACAUUCUUGUGGUGGAUAUGCCCCCAGGUACUGGUGAUGCUCAGAUAUCUAUCUCCCAGAGGCUUCAGUUAUCAGGAGGAUUGAUUGUUUCAACUCCUCAGGAUGUUGCAUUAAUGGAUGCUCGGAGGGGUGUUAAAAUGUUUUCCAAAGUUAAUGUUCCGAUAAUUGGAAUCUUGGAAAACAUGAGCUACUUUAAGUGCCCUCAUUGCCAUGAGCCUUCAAAUAUCUUUGGAAAAGGAGGUGUUCGCAAAACAGCCGAAGAAAUGGGCAUGAAGUUUCUUGGUGAGGUGCCACUAGAAGUAGGGAUCAGAAGUGGUUGUGAUGAAGGUGUCCCCAUCGUAGUAUCAGAACCUUCUUCUGUAGUCUCCCAAGUUUAUGGGGAUGUCACUGAGAAAGUUGUCAAAAUGCUAAAAGUAAUGGACGAGGAGCAACAUUUCAGACCCCAGAUAACUUUGUGAUGGACAUUUUUUGGUGGUAUUUUUUGUGCUAUGCAGCUUUAUCCUACUCAAAUGAUGACCAUAUAUGCACGUUGGACGAAAAACGCCCUCUAGUUUCAGGCCUGGACUGAACUUCUGCUGACUUGAAAUGAAGAUUGUCUGCUCGCUGAAGAUCCUAAGCCAGCUUCAGUUUUUUAGGUCAGCUCUAUAGUGCAGGAUUUUCUCUUGGUAGACCUAUAUCUUAAGUGCAGGUUACACCUUAUGAUGUUGAUGGUGAUGUGGUGUAUUGUAGAUUUGUAGGGAGUAGUUUAUAUAUUUUAAAAAGACACACACUCAUCAUAUAGUAGGGAUUAUGUCUCUUUGGGGUGUCAAGGUCCAUGUGUAAUUGCGUUUGAUCGAACUUUCAAUCAAAUUAUUCCAUAUUUCCAUGUAUGACAUAGACUACUAAAACCCUUGGUUUGAAAAUUGAUCAUUCUCGUCCUCAAAUAUUCCCAUCCUCUAUUCUUCGAUCAACGUGAAUUGUUC